GCCCCGGGGCUGGGCUUUCCCAGCACGGCCCCGCCAUCGCUCUGCGAACCCGCAGAGCACCGGGGCUGCCGGCUGGGGCUCUGCUGCCUCCAUGCUGUCCCCAGAGGGUUUGGUGGCCGCAGCCACAGUGCUCGUGGUACUGGGCCUCCUGGCUUGGUGCCUUUGGGAAGGGAGGCUGGAGGUGCCUGGAGACUUGGCAGAGGAGGAGGAGGAAGAGGAGGGGAUCCCCUUCAUGGCCGAGGAGGGCUCAGGGCGCUGCCGGCUGCUGUGCAAACCCUCGGCUCUGGCCCAGCACCUGGUGCGGAGCUUGGGGCGGUCGGCGGCGCUGCGGGGGGGACGGUGGCCAUGGCCACGCUGGCCUCAGCUCCAGAUGCUGCAGCAGCUCCUGCAGCCACCUGAGCCGGAGCCAGUGGUGGCCCGGGAGCUCCUGCAGCUCUCUGACGCUGGGCUGGUGGCCCUGGACUGGCUGGUGGGACCGUGGGGGGCUGUGGGUGGCAGUGGGGGGGUCUCCAGCCCGGUGCUGCUACUAAUCCCCAACGCUGCUGGGAAGGUGACGGGGGGGCUGUUGCAGCUGGGACUGCGGGCGCUGGAGCGGGGCUUCAUCCCCGUCAUCUUCAACCGCCGGGGCCACAACGGCUGCCCCCUCACCACCCCCCGGCUCCAGCCCUUUGGAGACCCCGGGGACCUGAGGGAGGCCGUGACCUACCUGCAGUGCCGGCACCCCACUGCCUCGCUGCUGGCUGUCAGCGAGGGCUCAGGCUCGGGGCUGCUGCUCGCCUACCUGGGGGAGAGUGGCUCCUCCAGCUGCCUGGCUGCCGCCGCCUGCCUCUCCCCCAUCUUCCGUGGCCGGGACUGGUUUGAGGCUGCGAUGCCCUGGCUCUACGAGUGGCCGCUGCUCCUCCACCUCAAGCAGGGAUUAAGCAGGUACGCGGGGUCCCUGGCCGAAGCGGUGGACAUGGACAGGCUGCUGGGCAGCCGCUCGCUGCGGGAGCUGGAGGAAUCCCUCUUCUGCCGGACCCGGAGCCGCCCCACGAGCUGGGAGGUCUACUGGGAACGCAACGAGCCCCUGCGCGACGCGGACGAGGCGGCCGUGCCGGUGCUGUGCCUGUGCAGCGCCGACGACCCCGUGCGCGGCCCCCCGGCCCGCAGCCUGCCCAUGGAGCUCUUCCGCAGCAGCCCCUACUUCUUCCUGCUGCUGACCCCGCGCGGGGGGCACUGCGGCUUCCCCCGCCGGGCACCGGGGCGCUGCUGGGGCCACGAGGCCGUGCUGGAGUAUUUCAGGGCCAUGGCCGAGUUCCUCCGGACGGAGGAGCGCAGGAAGGGGCAGCCGCGGCCCCGCAGGUGGGGGGGCCCCGCCGUCGAGCCCCCCGUGUUCACCUGGCAGAGGUCCUACACGCGGUAGACCCCCUUCCCCGGGGGGCUCAGAAAGGCAGGCAGACACUCCGUGUACUAAAAUUACUUUAUUACAGUUGAUUUUUUUUUUUUAACAUUUCCUUUGCUAUGAUACAAAGGAUACUUACAAACAAAAUAUUACAUAUGACCUUAUUUUUUUUUUUCUCUUCUCUUAUUUUCUGACAACUUGGUAACAGCUUUAAAUGCACAAUCUAUACAAUUAAUACAGGUUAUAUAUGAGCUAUAAUGUAUGUUGAACCAGAAGAAUACCAGAAUACUGACAAUAUACUGUACAUUAAGCCUUACCAGUUAGUGCUCGUGGCAUUUUCUACAAGAAGGAAAACGCACACCUGUAGAUUCACUCAUACCAGCUGGUGCUACCAGACACGGAAGCAGGAAGGAGUUUUAAUUCCCCUGGUUAAAUCCUUCGUGGCCCAUCACCGUGGUGCUGGGCAUGGAAACCUCAGACCAGUGUUCAUAGUAAAACAGCAGAUAUGUGUGUGUUUUUUCUAACUAAUGCUCUGUGGCACAGCACGGCGGGGCCGGGCGCCUUCCCCCGGCAUGGCCUUGGCCAUACCUGGAUGAUGCCCCAGAGCAGACGGCCACGGCGCUGGGGCCGGGCGCUGGGCGAGCUCUUGUUGGGGAGCUGGACCUCCUCAGGGAGGGGAGAGGGAGAGGAGGAGGAGGAGGAGAGGAAAAGCAGCAACAGCUUUGCUGUCAUCAGCAGGCAGCUCUUGGGUUUGUGCACAUGGACAGGCGGGCGCCGAGGGGGGAAGAGCAAGCCCAAGGCACGGCGCUCCUCGGCACGGCUCCGAGCCCGGCCGCACACGGAGCUGGUGCCCGGCAAACCCUCCACGGGGUCGGGCAGGAGCUGCCCUGUGGUCACCUCCUCGCCAGGAAAGGUUUGCUUUUGUUUUGCAGCCAAAGCCAGAGGUGUGUGGCUACAGGUGUGCACUUCCCCUCCUCCUGCCGGGGUCUACAACGCACUGAUAAGGUUACAUUUUUGUGUUUUUUUAUUUUAUUUUUUUUCUUUUUAAAGCAACCAGCAAGUGAAGCUUUUUUUUUUUUUUAGUUGACUGGCAAAAAGACCUGGCAUUUGCACAAAAGCUGCAAAUGGAAAAGAGCCAUCCCCUCCUCCCACCCGCUGCAUCCUAGCCCAGAAAAAUCCCAAACUGUUGGCGGAAGAAA